AUGGCGAAUCAGGAAGUGGUGUUCCCACCGGACAUGGGUGGAAUCGCGGCCGCCGCGGCCAUGCCGGGCUCCUCCGGCCGUGCGCUCUUCGCGUGCCGCGGCGCCGCAUCGACGUCGCUGCGGAGCGCGUACCGUGGAGCCCCCGCCGUUGAAGACCACUACCGCGCCCGGCCGCCGCCGGCACCCUGCACCACCAGCUGGGUCGUCGACGCCAUCCGGGCGUCCUCCCCGGCUCGCUCCCCCGCCGUCGACGAGUACGCCGCGUGGACGAGGCGACACCCGUCGGCGCUGGGCAGCUUCGAGCAGAUCGUGGCGGCGGCCGAGGGGAAGCAGGUCGUCGUGUUCAUGGACUACGACGGCACGCUCUCCCCCAUCGUCGCCGACCCCGACAAGGCCUUCAUGACCGGCGAGAUGAGGGCGGCGGUGCGCGAAGUGGCGGAGCACUUCCCGGCGGCGAUCGUCACUGGCCGGUGCGUCGAAAAGGUGUACAGCUUCGUCGGCCUCCCGGAGCUCUACUACGCGGGCAGCCACGGCAUGGACAUCAAGGGGCCAACCUCCAACGAGGAAACAACAACGGCGGCCCUGCUGCAGCCUGCUCUCGAGUUCCUCCCGGUCAUCGCCGAGGCUUACGAGGCUCUUGUGGAGAGGACCAAGGGCACGCCGGGGGCGAGGGUGGAGAACAACAAGUUCUGCCUCUCCGUGCACUUCCGAUGCGUAGAUGAAAAGAGCUGGAGUCCAUUGGCCGAGCAAGUCAAGGUCGUGCUCCGGGACUACCCCGACCUCAAGCUCACCGAAGGCAGAAAGGUUUUGGAGGUCCGGCCGUCCAUCAUGUGGGACAAGGGCAAGGCCGUGGAAUUCUUGCUCCAAUCGCUCGGAUUCGACGGCCGCAGCGACGUCCUGCCGGUGUACCUCGGGGACGACCGGACAGACGAGGAUGCUUUCAAGGUGUUGGGAAAGAGUGGUCAUGGUGUAGGCAUUCUUGUCUCCAAGUUCCCCAGAGCGACCGACGCAUCGUACUCACUUCAGGACCCUACGGAGGUCAUGGAGUUCCUGCUCCGGUUGGUGAACUGGAAGCGCCAGCCACCGUCGGCGGCGCCGCGCUCAAGGGUGUAGCGACCUGAUGCUGCUGGCUCUUGUUAAUUCCGCAAGAAGUUCGAGCAUGUUUAUUUAGUUAUAAGUUGGUUAGUUAAUUAACCGUGUACUGCCCUCCCUGUAAUAAUCCUCCUAUGCAUACCACUAGAUUUGUACUUUUCCUACUGUUGCAUGGGUUUGGGAGGAUUUGCAUCUGCAAAUUAAUCUCUGCCUCUCACCACCAUGGACGAUCAACAAAGUUCAUCGAUCCCUUGUAUGAUAUCAGAUCAGACCAGACCAUUCCAGCAAAAUGUAACAUAUGUAA